GAUGCAAGGUGUCGAGAUCACGUUCGGAUCGCCGCAGUACGAUGCAGCGGUGGCGCUGCGCUACGAGGUGCUGCGAAAGCCGCUGGGUAUGCAGUUUGAUCCAAACGUCCUGGCCAAGGAAGGCUCGGACAUUCACGUGGGGCUCUUUGACGGAGAGGCCCUUCUCGCGACCGCCAUGCUGCGUCCUGGCGUCGACGGCAUCGCGUGGAUGAAGCAAGUCGCAGUGCAGCCAAACAUGCACGGGAAGGGCCUCGGGCGCAUCCUCAUCGAAGCUCUCGAGUCUAUCGCGCUGCAAAAAAGCUUUUCGCACAUCAAGCUCCACUCGCGCGCCUCCGCCGUCCCGUUCUACAAGAAGCUUGGGUACACGACAUUCGGCGAGCCCUUUGACGAGGUCGGGAUUCCCCACGAAGCCAUGGAGAAGGUUCUGAUCAAAUAGUAAAGAUCUAAAAUAGAGUCGACUUGUCAUGUAGCCUGCCUUGUCCACCG